GAUUUGAGCAUGUCAGGGAAUGAAAACAAUCAAUAUCGAAGCUUUUCCUAGAUGAAUAUCGCCGGAAAACAUUUAUGCUGUGGAUUUCAUUUUUUAAUGAAGCAAGUAGUGAAAGGUGUUUAUUAAAUUUUGAAUGAUCACUGUGUGUUUCGGUAAUUUCAUAAAACAGGUUCGGAAAACGUAAAUACAAAAAGUGUUAAUAUUUUCACCGCUAUACGUAUAAAAAUAUUUUGCGUCAUUCGUAAUAAUAGUAAUGUGUCAGUGAAGUGUGAGUAAAAAAAUUAUUUUUACCGUGGUGAUUCAAGAGUGUUUUGUUUACUGGCACUUUGUCGAAUGUAGCUAGGAAAACAAAGGAAGAAAUAGGAAAAGUUGUUGAAAUGGCAUCUAAAGUUAUGGUGAAAAUACCUGUCGCGCCUUUCGGCAAGAUGAAUAAAAAGUCUGGUAACGUAAAUAGUGAACUAGUCGUUUCUCGAACCACUGAUGUUCCAAGUCGACCCAUUGAAGGUUCCAGAGGAACAGAACAGACUAGAAUAUCUCAACUGGAACAGAACAUUAGGUUUUUACAAGAGCAGCAUCAACUAAUGUUGACUGGAUUACAUAAUGAAAUUGAAAAUUUGAAAACUAGGAACAGAGAGUUGCAAUUUCAAUUGGUUUUUGUUAAGGGAGCAGGAACACCUAGUUCUCCUUCUUCGCCUGAAGAUGAUACGAAACACAAGGUAUACUCCAGCCCAAAACCUUUUAACACAACACCUCUCCAAGUGGAAAUUUUGGAGAAGGAGUUGGCGGAAAUGAAACUACAAACUCAAGAAAUUGAAAGCAGGAACGCUUAUUUAUCUGCAAUUGUGGAUGAGCAAAAGAAAAAAUUAGAAAGAUACGAACGAGAUCGCGAAAAAGAACGAGAGCGUGCUGGUCAACCGGAUCCAGAAAUUCUUCGUAAACUUGAUGACGCAGAAGCGAUUAUUCGGAGAUUACGUAGAGAAAACUCUGAUCUGCGAAGAGAAAAUUCGGAGCAUUGUAAUCAUCGGGAGUUUUCAUACUCCCAUCAAAGGAAUGGAGAUAACGGUUAUGGAUCACCUAGAAAUGGUCAGGGACAGUAUUCUGGAAGAGGAAAUGGUGGACGCCAACGGGGAAAUGGUGGACAUUACAGAGGCAACUGGUUUCCUCCCUUACAUUCUCAAAGUUACUGGCAAGGUGGUCGUAACCAAGAGAAAUCACUAGCUGGAGAAAAUGGCGGAGGUCUCCCAAAUCUCCAAGGAAACGAGGGUCAUUAUCAGAGCAGGCGAGGCUCCAAUAAUAACCAUUAUAAUAAUGGUGAAAAUCGGAAAUAUAGAGGUGGUCAAAAGCAUGGCAAACAAACGUAAUUGGGGUAAUCACGUUAGAAUCCUUAGAUGCUUUUAAAGGCUGUCAUAUUUUUUAUUAAUAUAAAUGUUGACUAGGUAUUCCUUUCCCAGAUGGCAAAAACUGGCGUGAAGGAAUAAAAGGCAAAAUGAAAAAUACGUAAUAAUGAUUGUGAAAUUUUUUUGAAAACGUGAUAAAAGUUAUUGGAUAUAUAGCUUGGACAGAGUAUUAAUCGAACCGUUCAUGGUUAUGAGACUAUAAUAGCAUGGAACAUUUUGAUGGCCAAUACUUGAUCAUUACUUUCACUCGCAUCAAAAAAUGGAUUUUUGGAAUUUUGUUAAAAUGGAUAUUUUCACACAUUCAAUUCAAUAUAUAAGUAAAUUUUAAACAGUUCUCGUAAAUACUUUGGGUAUCACUCAAUUUUAUUUCAGCUAUUCAAAGCACUAUCCACUCCCUAGAUUUUCCUUAGAGAUAGACACUUGAGAUACAGGAAUUAUUUAUUAUACUAAGGGUCCAAUUUGUUUAAAAUUUUUAUUGAAUAUUUGUUCCAAUCAAUAUUUAUGACAAAUUGGUACGUUAUUUUCAUUUAUUAGUUCAUAGAAUCUAAAAAAAAAAAUAUUUUUUACAGUAUAUAUUUUUAUAUUUGAAUUAAAUUGUAUUUAAUUUCUUGAUACAGCUUCAAUAGCUCCAGAAUAGAAUGAACGAAAAUUAUUUAAAGUAUUAUUUACAAAAUGAAUUAUUCUUUUCAUAUAUGUAAAAUAACGGUAUUCAGUGGAGGUUUCGCUUAUUGGCUCAACAGUUACACUUCCAAAAAAUAUCUAGUAGAAAUAGUUGAUCAAUUUUCAAGCUGUAUAUUUGAUAACAAAAUAUGAAGUUUGUUAAAAAUAAAGUGAAAGAAUUUGUGAUUUUUCCACCUGGGAUCUAGCAUUUGAACUUCAUUAAAUAAAUUUUUCAAUUUUAAAUCCAAAAAUUCGUAUGUCGAUUUGGAUAAUUAGUCGUUUCUUUUUGUCCCCAAACAACAUGCCAAACCAAUGAACUUCCUUUCAUGUAUGUUGUGUGCUUUUCAAGAAUUAAAAAAGAAUGGAAAAAACGUGUUUUUUAAUUUGAAUUUAUAUUCCAUAGAGUUUAUAGAAAUAACUGAUAAUGUAUUACUGUUGAUAUUUAAAAUGUGUUUAAAAUUGUAGUGGAAAAGAAAAGCUAAAAGAUAUUUUGUAACAUUUGCGAAAGUUUUAGCGAUAUAGCUACGUUAGGUUUAGUUAGGCAGUUUGAGUGGGCACAUUUUUUCCUUAGCAGACAUCACACUCCAUAAUAUACUGACGAAUAAUUUUUGGAAAUCAAAAUAUUGAAAUUUAUUGUACUCAAGCAUGUCUGUAUUAUUAUCAAUAGAAUAUAUUCUAUAUGUUUCUAGAGCUAUUUAUUAUAUCAAUUAUUUAUAAUUUACAUUCUUUUAGAUACUUGUGAUAUAACAAUAUCUGAUGUACGAUGUUUCUUAUAACUUCUUAUACUCUAUAUAAGUGAGUACAUCACGUCAAUUAUCUCUAUUGCAUACAGUGAGUAGGUACUUUUUUACUUAUAUCAUAUGUUUAUAUGAAGUUGACAAUAUCUGUCAAUAUAAAAAAUACAUACUUGAUAUCAUUUUGCUAUGGUUAUAAAAUUGUCUUACUAAUAUAAUUAUAUUUAUCACAUGUUAAUUGCCAAUAUUAUUGAUGGGCUUUCUACCUCUCUGCCUCACUUUCGACUUAACAGGAUAUUUAACCCGACACCCGACAUCUAAGAUGCCAAUUCCACACCGUAGCCAUCACGGACAAUCCGGAAUGCAGCUGGAGGAGAAAGAAACUACAGACCACGUCAUCAUUCAGUGCCCGCACUCAUACGUACAAGGUUCAGGGGAAAGUGUCGUACCAUCGUACGUAUCACCGUACCGACUUUACGGCAAUAACUACAGGGGGUGCCGGAAAAACCAAAAGAAGAUGGAAAACAAACCAGCAACGAGCACCACACACCACAAGGACGCAAUUAUGCACUAGCUGUUAAGAAACCGACAGUACAAGGAACGCCCGAGCUACUGAGUACUGCAGAACAUUCAGACACUCAUAGUAACACUAAUCGCCCAACAGGUAAAGUAAAACCGAGGAUAACAGGAUCUUUAAGUUAAGUUAGGUGAGUAAAAAAUUUCCAAAUCACAAAAAAAACAAAUAUUAAAAAAAGGUUUACCCGAAACACCGAAACAGUAACACACACAUUAAAACGUCCAGAAUAAGAAGCCAAGUGUAUAGCCAACAGGCUAAUAUCUUAACAGAUUCUCCCAUAGAACUCAGGGGAGAGGAAGGAGUCUACGGGAUUUCUCACGCGCACGUGUGCGUGUGUGCCUACGGCAGUCUGGUUCACUUCGUCGAACAAGAACCUUCUCAAAUUGCGCUCGUUAAAAAGUCAGACAUCGUCCUUGGAAGACCUCCGACACCAGAUGACUCUUUAGUUAGAAUGGAGGCAAGAGCAAAUUGCUUUGGUCAUCACUUCGAGAGGUAUGCAUUCAUUUUAGCACUAAGAAGAGGAUCAUCUCCUAUUGACAAGGCCUUCCUGAAGAUGACGACGACAAAAGUAAUCCUCAAGAUUUAUCUAGUUACGUAAAAAGGUUCAAGCCAAUAUACCUAUUUAGUUUUUAGAAGGAUAUCGGCCUUUGGUAGUUGCAAGUGGGUUAAGACGAACCUGUCAGAAAGCGCAAACUAUAUUAUCUACACUUAUAAUUAAAAUUAAGUGAAGUGAAUGUUGUAUAUAAAAGUAUUUGAAAAGGCCACCUAUGUCGCCUUUACCAAGUUGUCGACUACAAUAGCUCUGAUAUAUAACCGUAUCACUUUUUCUUUCAACAUACUUAGACUAGCUUGGUAUAUAUGUAUAUUUGAACACUUAGAAACGUCGCAUCCCUUUGAAAUUUCGUAUAAUCGUCAAGGACCAAUAACAGUAGAAUUUCAUAAAUUCAUACCAUGAUCCUAAUCAAGUUUAACAACCACUUAUCUCAUCAAAAGAAGAAAGCAAGUGUAAAAUUUGCCCACUUUUUGAAAAAUUACGUACUUUAAAUAUAAAUUAAUAGUAGUGUAAUAUUUUGCUUAUUUAUUUAAAGUAUUUCUAACGGUGGGGUAUCUCUUACCUACUUAAUUUCUUUACACACUUGCACUAGACUAUUUACUGAUUUAAACCAGAAAGAAUUUCUAGAGUAAUUCUAGAAAUUAAACAAACAAACACAUAAAUGAAAAGGCCUUUUUAGAAAUUGUUUUUUUUUCUGCCAAAUUUUGCAGUUACACAGACAAUAGCGACGAAACAGUUCAUUUUUUACAAUCCCACAACGUCGACGUUGCGUUUCUGUCAAAAUUGCAACAAUAAAUUCACGGAAAUCCAUUUUGAAUUUAACUUACCCAAGUCUGUGCAAAAUAUUUAUUCCAAACUAGAUGUGUUCAUCAAAGCGUUAUUUUGAAAGCUUACUCAAGAUGUUUGAUAUACUUAUCACUAUCGCUUAUAACAUUUACGGUCUUUUUACAUUAGUGGAAUAGUAAUUGCAGCAGUCACGAUAGUGAGUUUCUAGUGCAAUGUACUUAUAUGUAUGUGUAUACUUAUUCUAUUUCUAACAAUGAACUAGUACUUCUGAAUAGCCUACAAUACAGAUAAUUGACGUGGUAUAAUUUGAAGCCUGCUCUAAAUGUGAUCAAAAUCAUAGGUGUGGUGGGAAACACUAGGGGGACCACACCAAUAAAGAAGCUUUAAGUGAAUCUUUUUAUCGGCUACACUAUUCGUUCCACCUUGUCAACUAUCUACCUACGCCUAUGAUUGUCCUUAAUAUAUGAAAGUGUGUAUAUGCAUAUAUUCAUCUAAUGUACACAUAUUUGAGAAAAGACAUUAAAAUAAAAACAUACUAUAGU